GAUGAUUUGAAUGGAAUUCACAUUGUAGCCUUUGCAGAAGAGGAGGACCCUGAUGGUUUUGAAUUCUUGGAGAUUUUGAAGGAGGUGGCCAGAGACAACACACACAAUCCAGACUUGAGUAUUGUGUGGAUCGACCCAGACAACUUCCCACUGCUCAUUCCUUACUGGGAGAAGACUUUCAAGGUUGACCUCUUCAGACCACAGAUUGGUGUAGUUAAUGUUACAGAUGCGGACAGUGUCUGGUUGGAGAUAUCUGAUGAUGAUGAGUUGCCGUCACCCGAAGAGCUGGAAAACUGGAUAGAAGAUGUGCUCUCUGGAACAGUGAAUACAGAGGAUGAUGACGAUGACGAUGACGAUGACGAUGACGACGAUGAUGAUGACGAUGAUGAAGACGACGACGAAGACCACCAUGGUGAUGAUGAUGAUGAUGAUGAUGACGAUAACGACAAUGAUGAAUGA